AUGGCGAGCAGUUCAUCUCAAAAUGUCGGCAAGGGCAAACGUGUCCUUCUCACCGGAGGCAAUGGCUUUGUGGCGUCCCAUAUACUUAAUGAUUUGGUGGAACGUAGUUACUCGGUUACUGCCACGGUUCGGUCUAAAGACAAGGCCCAAGCUGUCUAUAAAACCCACCCAAACUGGAAAGAGAAUGUGAAGUUUGAAUAUGUCGCGGACUUGACUAAGAAGGGGGCAUUUGAUCAUCUCUUCGAGGGCGCGGGCCAACCAUUUGAUUACAUCAUUCACACAGCAUCUCCAGUUGCUUUCAAGGUCAAGGACAUUCAGAAAGAUCUGAUUGAUCCUGCUAUCCAAGGAACCAUCGGCGUCUUCGAGAGCGCACAAAAGCUAGCUGGGCCUACCUUGAAACGAAUCGUACUACUUGGUAGCGCAGUUGCUGUUCUGAACACCUUCGAAGACAAGACCAAGGCUGGGAAAGAUUACACAGAAGCUGACUGGAACCCGGUUACUUCGACUUAUGCCAUCCAGAACAACGACGUGGUCUCUGGAUACAAUGCCUCAAAAGUAGAAAGCGAAAGAGCUGCGUGGAAGAUCAUGAAGGAAAAGAACCCUUCAUUUGAUCUUGCCGUUAUCAACCCGGAUAUCAUCACUGGGCCCAUGAUCCACCCGAUGUCAGGAGCAAAGUCGGUUAAUGAGACAAACCGUUUUGCAAUCUACAAUUUCUUGGAUGGAACGCAUCAGAAAGUCGAAGGUGUCGAAUUCCCCUUCUACCACUUUGUUGACGUUCGCGAUGUAGCUCGGGCCCACGUGGACUCUUUGACAAACCCAGCCGCGUCGGGGAAACGAAUUCUCAUGGUGGCUGGCUUGAUCACACCUCAAUUGGUCGUCAACACCGUGCGCAAAGCUUUUCCUCAGUUGCAAAGCAAAAUUCCCGAAGGAAACCCGAGACAAAUCUUGCCGCCUAACAACGAACCGACUGGCUGGGACACCAGUGCUAGCGUCAAGAUUUUAUCAGAGGGAACAUCAUCAGGGAAAUGGGAGUUCAUUAGCUUGGAAAAGAGUUUGACGGAUGCUGUUCAAAGUAUGCUAGAUGCCGGGAUUUUGUAA